GCGUUAACAAUGCUCUUCGAAAAAGUGAAUAUUGGAUGCGCUUUUCUUAAAGAAAUGUUUUCCAAGGUUAUAAAGUAUAUUUUGCACCAAGUUCGACCUGUUCGACUUAAGAAAUUAUAUGAGAGAUUGGCAUUAACACUGUAUAAUGUGUUUCUGCCGUUAUUAAUACAAAUAAAAGACUACGAACAAGACUACAGAAACUACAUGGAGUAUGUAAAUACAAUACAUAAUAAUUUAGAAAGAGAGAGAAAUAUAAAUGUUAAUUUAAAAGUUAAAAUACAAACGGAACAAACUUCUUGCCAAAUAAUUCAUCGAGAAAUACCAGUUCGGAGCGCUUUUAAGAGAUACAUCCGACCGAUUGUCACAGUCUUUAAUGAUGAAUUAUUAUCGAAAUGUUCCAAAAAUAAAACUGAAAAUUCUCAAGACAAACCGACAAUUGCGAAACAAUCACCGACAGAUUCUCGGAGAACAAUAUUACAACGUUCAACAGAAUCUUGGGAAUGUGAUAUCUGUUUCGCUCCAAAUUAUACCAAUCCUUUUCGGUGUUAUUCAUGCGACAGUUUGAGACUCGAGACUUUAAGAUGAACUGUCGAAUUUACGGAUUAUAAAUUUUAUUGCUUUGCAUAAAUGCACUUCAAAUCUGAAAUAUUCUCAUUGCUUUCAUAUUAAAUGCGUAUAUUAUAUUAUUUAAGUAUUUAUUUAUUAAUGACUAGAAAUAGUUACU